AUGGCAAUUCCGUCCGAUAAGACUUUACUCGUUACCGGCGCCAACGGUUUCAUCGCCCAGCACAUCAUCAAGCAAGCGCUAGACAGAGGAUACAACAUCCAAGCAACAGUCCGGUCCGUAGAAGUUGCAGACAAAGUCCACCGCAUAUUUUCAGACUAUAGCUUUCAAUUCUCAGCAGUCAUCAUCUCCGACUUAUCCAAAAAGGAACUCUACGAGCCCGGCUUUGCAAACAACCCCCAUCCCAUUACAGGCGUCAUACACGUCGCCAGACCCUUCAAAGUAGCCGUCGCAGAUGUCGCAGCUGAUAUCUUGGAUCCAGCUCUUGGAGGCGCCAUCGGCGCACUCAAGGCAACCCGUCAAUAUGGCUCCAGUGUCCGCCGCUUCGUCCUCACCUCGUGCUUUGUGGCCAUGCUUGAUCUCGGCAAAAGACUGCGCCCCGGAUACACGUACAAAGAAAAGGACUGGAACCCCAUGACACGGGAAGAAGCCAUCCAGAUGGGCGGUGCAGCGGCCUACUGCGCCUCCAAAGCUCUCACGGAACGAACUGUGUGGAACUGGAUGGAGGCGGAAAAGCCCCCCCUUUUCGCUGGCCUGUAUCAAUUCGCCGUCGACAUUCGGGCCUCAUCUCACGCCCAUUGCCGACUUGACAACUCUCAACACGUCAUCUGCGAUGCUGUGGCAGAUGAUUGA